UCGCUGGUCACGUCCGAAGUCCCAUCACCAGCUGAAAAUAAAUUUUAAUAGAAAUUUAUAAAAAAUCCUUAGAAAUAAUGCAUAAGAGAAACAAAUAUUAAGCCAACACUAUUAAAAAUAAGUGACAAACACAAAACACUUGCUGGGCCAGCGAUUUGCAGUGUUCGCCUGUGUGCUGUGGCGUCUUGUUAUGAAUAUAUCGAAGGUGACAACAUCGCUUGCUGCUGCGGCCGCUGCCGCCGAAAAAGCAAAACCUGAACGUGUAAAUGUAAAUGCAGCAUCUGCAACAGCAGCUACAGGCGCACCAACAGGCGCAGUGGGUGUCAGCACUGGAGGAGCAACCAUUAGCUAUCAAACAAUUAAUCUGCAGAAGCGUGCCAGCGUGGAUAGUGGUGAACAGAGUGACGAUUCGAAUCUGAAUCGUAAAAAACUGAAAACGGAACUCAUUAUCUGUCCAUCGCCCGCCAAACAACAACAUCAACGGGGACCUGGUGGAGUAAGUGUAGUUAGUGCUAUACACACAUCGCUUGGAUCUAGCUCUACUUCCGUCAACACCAAGGAUGAGACUGCUAGCGAAGAUGCGUGGGAUCAGCAACAGCAGACGCGAGAGGAGCAGCAGCAGAUUAUAGUGUGUAAUUUUGGCUCCUCCACCGCCACCAACACCACCGAGAUGAGUGCAAUCAAACAAGAAGAGGUGGCCGAAGGCAACCAGAAGCAAAAUUUUAUCAGCUUUACCAAAAAAGAAGCGGCAUCAUCUGUUGCUGUCACUGCGUCCGCCGUCUCCUCGUCAUCAUCAUCAUCGUCGUCGACAGCCUCCGUUAUAUCAAUUGAGCCAUCUGGCGGCGGCGGUGGAGGAGGACCCGGUGGUGGUGGUGGCACAGAUCUUCCCGAGCAAUCGAAUAAAUUUGAUCCAUUAGAGCAUGUUACCACAACUGCAUCGGGUACAUCGAUUAUUCUCAAUACAAACAAUGGAACCAUUAUGACUACCACCACCACCAAUCAAAAGCCUGGCCAGACCAAUUAUAAUCUCUUCAAUGCCACCAGCCAAACACCGACAUUGCUUAACCGUGUCAAUCUGCAUUCCAAGCUGAAAGGCCAGCCCCUCAUGAUGAAUGCCAAGAAGCUAGCCGAGGUCACCCAGACGACGGCCAAAGUGUCCAUUGGUAAUAAAACGAUAUCUGUGCCGCUGCUUAAGCCAUUAAUAACUGCAUCCGCUGCCGGCGGUGCCACAAUUGUCGAGAGUAAACCAAUGCAACAAUUGCCUAUUGGUGGUCAGAUAGUAACGACAACCACCGGCCCGUCACAACAGACGCAACAGUCGCAACAGCAGCAACAACAGCAGACACAACAUAUCAACUACACCAAAUUGCUAAAGCGAGGGCCCAAAAAUCCCACCACAAUUGUCUCAUUCUCGGGACUGCAGAUUAAGCCGGCUAAUACUAAGAUUGUGACCGCCAAGGUGGUCAGUAAAAAGAUGUCAUUGCAAUACCAGCAGCAGCAUCAACAGCAGCAGCAGCAACAACAGCAGCAGCUUCAGAUCCAACAGCAGCAAUCCACUGGCAGUUUGGCUCCACCCACAGGCAGCAUAGUGACCAUAACGACUACAAAUCCCAAUCAGACAUAUACCAUGGUGCAACAACAGCCGCAGCAGCAGGAUACGCCAUCCACAGGAGGUGUAGCUAACUCAUUAAGCGGUGGAGAUGCUGUUGAUGCCGUAGAUACAAAUCCACGACAGAAACCGACUUACAGCGAGAAUAUACAAAAGAUUCUCUACAAAAGUAAAUCUCUGGAAAGUGCAGGAUCGAAUGAGGAGUUUACCAAUAUUAAUAGCGUGGUCAUUAAACCGCUGGACAAGAGUCAAUUGAAUUGUGGAUCGGGUUUUAACAUAUUUAAAGCGACACCAGCAACGUCCAAUUCAUCGGUAGUUACUUCGUCCACAUCAUCGGGAGUUGUUGAGCUGCCCUCAGCUUCCUCCGCGUCUGCAUCCUCCUCUGGAGCCACCACAACGAGUACAUCUGUCUCGGUGUCGGCGAUUCUAAAUGAGGUGGCAGUGGCCAAAUCAACGCCAGCCACCAUAUGCAUAAAUAGUCCGGCUGUUGGUGGUGGUAGUCGUCCCAUAAUCUCGAUACAGAAAAACAUCUCUCUGGUACUAUCCAAAUCGUCAAUGGCCCAACAAAAAGCAAAGAUGGUGACCACACAGUCUGGAGCAUCUGUGGUUGGUUCUACCAUACAAAUGCAUACGGUGCCGCUGCAGCAGCAGCAGCAGCAGCAAACGCUUCAGCAAUCGUCCGAUCAGACAUUAUCAGAUCAGUCGACAAAAUCAUCUAUGCAGAUUAAACUGACGCCGCAAACGUUAACAACCACAGCAAUAGCCACUUCCUCGACCAUCGUUGCCGCCACCUCCGUCGCCUCCACAACCACUACCACGCCCACCAAACUAAAUGUUAGCCAGGUGACCAAGUUGGAGGAGUUGUCUGCUGACAACAAAACCAAAAUGAUUAUAAAACAUCAACAACAACAGCAGCAACAGAAUCAGGUGAACGUGCAAGAUUCCACACCCAGCAAUAGCAGUAGCAUCACCAGCACCACCACCAGCAGUAGCAGUAGCGGUGGCACCACCAAUGCCACCAUCAAGGAGCAGCAGCAGCAGUCAGAUCAACAUAAUGAUGCAGUUUUACCAGUUGUUGCUCCUGCUCCAGCUCCCGUUGUUACUGCUCCGGUUGCUCCUACUCCGCCAAAUAAUGGUCAGGCACAGCGUGUGGAUGACUCGAAUAAUGCUCUAUUAAAGCAAUUGCUCCAGAAUUCAUCUAGUAGCCAUAAUCUCAGCCAGAUUAGUAUAACAUCAUCGCAUGUAUCGGCCAGCGGGCCAUCGGGAGGUGGAGCUGGAGGAGUAAAUGCAUCGAGUACUGCUUCACUUUCGGCCCGGAAGGUGAUUAAUGUGCGUGCUCCUAGCAUGGGUUUGGUUAGCUCGCUGGAAGCCCAAUUGGCCAGGCCAGUUAUUCCCCCAGUGCCGGCGGCUGUGAGCAACAGCAGCAGUAACAAUGCCGGAGGAGUGGUCACAUCGACGGCGACACCAAGCACCCCCACGACGACGACAACGGCCACAACCCUUAAUCAAAGUGGUGCUCCUUCCAUUACAGCUAAUCCCAUGGCCAGUGACCAGCAGAAGCAGCAGCAGCAGCAGCCGGCGGUGGUUAAAACAGAACAGCAACAACCACAAGGUCCUCCGCCACCACCUCCCCCUUUGCCAUCGCCACAAACCCAUCAUCCAUCCCAUACCCAUCAGACUCUUUCUCUGCCUCCCCCGUCAUCAUCGUCAGCAUCAUCAUCAUCGUCAUCUCAACAGCAGCUGCAAUUGAAGCAAUCUGUGCAAAUUGUAUCCAAGGAGACAUCAUUUAUAUCGACACCACAUCUUGUUCCUGUGACAACUCCAUUAAUUGAUUCUACAACCAAAACGGAACAAAUACUACCACCUCCGCCAUCAUACGAAUUGGCCACCUCGUCCUCAUCGUCAUCUACCAAUUCCACAACCAUAUCGGCUCCAGUCUCCAAUGUUACCAUAUCUGUAUCAACUAAACCCAUUGCAAUCGAUCAAACCCAAGAAAAUGAGUCAUCCCAUGCAGGUGACUCUGUCCCAUCUACAGAUCAACAGAUGGUCGUCAUGGAGCAACAGCAACAAGCGACGCAACAGCCGCAACAACAACAGCAACAACAUUCAAGUACGUCCUGGAAAUUGCCAGAGCAAUUGAAUCAUCAAGCUAAUGUUCAACUGGAACAACAACAACAACAACAACCCAAUCAUAUUAUCAAAAUUCUAGGAGUAGAGGUCCAAAAAAGAAAGCAUUCGAUGCAAUUGCCACUGGAGGAGAAGCAGCAGCAGCAACAACAACAACAACAACUAUUGCCGCCGCCACAGCAACAACAUCAACAUCAUGCAGUGUCGCCAGUGACACCAUCAUCCCAGGAGAAGGUACAACUGAUUACUGGUUAUGCAAAGAAAACUUUAUCCAAUCAACAACAAUCAAUCACCCCGGAUAUGCCACUUCAUCAGCAGCAAACGACAGCGCAGCUCCAUCACCUGCAGCAGCAGCAACAGGCAAUUAUCCAUCAUCCUCAGGAGCCACCAGCCAAACCGGGAGAUCAGCGUAAACGACGAAAACGCGAAAACGUUCAAAAGUCUCGUCGUGGUAAUCUAAAUGCUGGCACACCUACCGGACUUGGAGCAUCGGCGGGUGGAACAAAUCUCAAAGAUUUUCCCAUCGGUGGUCUAAUGCCUGGUGGUAACAUUGUGGGUACCACAACCCUGCCCUCCGGUGCUGUCGUACAAAUGGCUACUGGCGGAGGAUUAGCCAACACUACCGCCGCCUAUAUGCAGGGUGGCCAUCCAAAUGCUGUUGGGCAUCAUCCUGCCAUGGUAUCCAAUGCCGCCGCCGCCGCGGCUGCAGCCAGCAUUGGCAACAGUGGAUCAUCGCCCAUGUUAAAGAAACGUGUGCGUAAAUACUCAAAGGUCGAGGAAGAUCACGAUGCCUUCACCGAAAAGCUAAUGACGCAUAUUAAGCAAAUGCAACCGCUUCAAGUGCUUGAGCCGCUGUUAAAUCGUAAUUUCCUUAUUGGAUGCUCAGAUCUGGGUCCAGCUGUAGCGAGUAAUAGUAGUAGUGGAGCCAGUGGAGGAGCCAGUGGCGGUGGCAAGGCAAAGAGUUCAACAUCAGGAAGCACAUCCGGUGGUGGUGCUGGAGCCUAUUCACGUGGUGGUUGGCCGUUGCUGAUGCGCGGCGGCGAUGACACCGAGCAAUUGGGAGCCAAUUGUAAAUUUGGACAGGUGCGUCAUCCCAGUUUACCAUCUCUAUACGAUAGCGAACGUUUUGGCGGCCAUUCGCCGUCUCUGCCACCACCUGGACCCUUGGGUGGUAAUAAAUCCCUGUCGACCAUACAAAACGAUUUCUACGAUCAAGAGUUCUCCACGCAUUUAGAGCGUAAUCCUCGUGAACGCCUCGUCCGGCAUAUUGGUGCUGUGCGCGAUAGCCAAACGGAGACAAUUGAGCUGGUGGAGCAACCACAGCCGCUAAUUGCCACCUUGCCACGCCUCACACGAUAUCCGGGAUUGAUACUCUUGAAUAAUACCAGUCGUUGUCAUGGCAUUGCCGGUGGACGGAUGUCUCCGGUGGCUUUAUCGGAGGAUUUUACCACACUACGAUUGCCCAUUUCACCCGUUUUGCGUUCCUGUGCCGAGGAGUUGCGCAAAUCUCAGCAUCUGGAGAUGGGUGGACCUGCUGGUGGUAGUCAUAACAACAACAACAAUAAUAACAACUAUCAACAGAAAAACCAAAAUGUGAUACUCUCCCUGCACUCAUCAGCCUCAGAUAAUAUAGUUGGCGUUUUGAGGGAUCUGGCCAAUCUUCUGCAUUUGACACCAUCUCCGGGCAUAAGCUGUCGCGUUAUUGAUGACAAGUCAACGCUGGAGAAGACGACAACGGACGCGACGCCAGAAGCAGGGGCAGCAGCAGCGCCAGCAGCAGGAGAGGAUGGAGGAGGUGGUAGCGAUACUGAAGGCAAUCGUGAACGAAUCAGUCAAAGUCAUUUAAGAAAAAUUCUCAUGGGCAGACGUAAAAUUUGCCGUGGCUGCGAUUCCGCCAUUGCGGCAUUUGGUAUUCGUGUACCCAAAGAUGAACAAUCACCGGAGGAUAAACCCUCGCCACGGUUGGCUCAAUUGCAGGCUCUAUUGCCUGGCUAUGUCCCACAGCCAGCCUAUGACUAUUUCUGUAGUCGCACCUGCCUGACCAAGCACAAAUGGUCCACAACAAGCACAAGUGGUGGCCAACAAACAGAUUCAACGGCAUCCACGAAACCAUCAGCAUUGGCAAAAAUGAAAUUAUCCGCCUCCGCCUCGCCCGAUGAGCUACAGUCAAAGAUCAAUGAAAUUCCAACGGCAAAGCGUAAAUGCAUUGUCAAGUGCUUUAGUGCCGAUUGCUUUGGACCCGCCACCACGGCAGCGGAAGACAGUAAGGGUGCUGUGCCACCCAAUAACACAGUCUGGGAAACUGGCGACUCUGGCCAACAGCAGCAACUGGAGGAUACACGUCAAUGUGUCUUUUGCAAUCAACGCGGCGAUGGCCUGGCCGAUGGUCCAUCGCGUCUGCUUAACUUUGAUGUGGACAAGUGGGUCCAUUUGAACUGUGCCUUGUGGUCGAACGGUGUCUAUGAGACUGUUUCCGGUGCCUUGAUGAAUUUCCAAAUAGCUCUACAGGCGGGUCUUAAUCAAUCCUGCAGCGCCUGCCAUCUAUUGGGGGCAACCAUUAAAUGCUUUAAAUCACGCUGCAAUGCCAUAUAUCAUUUACCCUGCGCCAUCAAGGAGGACUGCAUGUUCUAUAAGAAUAAAUCGGUUCAUUGUAGUGCCCAUGCAGCCGCCGCAUCAUCCAUCGGUGGUUCAUCAGGCGGUUCAGGCUCCAAUUCGGUAUCUGGUUCAAGCGGAUCGGGUUCUGCCAUGGCCACAGGUGGCGGCGCGGCCGAUAAUGAGCUCAGCUCAUUCAUUGUCCAUCGUCGGGUCUUUGUGGAUCGUGAUGAGAAUCGUCAAGUGGCCACUGUGAUGCACUAUUCGGAGCUAAGCAAUCUAUUGCGUGUGGGCAACAUGACCUUCUUGAAUGUGGGACAAUUGUUGCCGCAUCAAUUGGAAGCUUUUCAUACGCCCCAUCAUAUAUAUCCCAUUGGCUAUAAGGUGAGUCGCUACUAUUGGUGUUUGCGACGACCGAAUCGUCGAUGCCGCUACAUCUGCAGCAUUGCGGAGGCCGGAUGCCGUCCCGAAUUCCGUAUCUUGGUACAGGAUACUGGCGACAAGGCUGAACCGGAUCGUGAAUUCCGUGAUAGCACACCGACAGCCGUGUGGCAACAGAUUCUGCAGCCCAUUCAGCGAUUGCGUAAGGUCCACAAAUGGCUGCAAUUAUUCCCGCAGCAUAUCAGUGGAGAGGAUCUGUUUGGUCUUACGGAACCAGCUAUUGUUCGUAUAUUGGAGAGUUUGCCUGGCAUUGAGACGCUAACCGAUUAUCGCUUUAAAUAUGGACGUAACCCGCUAUUGGAAUUCCCGCUGGCCAUCAAUCCAUCGGGUGCGGCACGCACUGAGCCCAAACAACGUCAGCUUUUGGUUUGGCGUAAACCGCAUACGCAACGCACUGCCGGCAGCUGUAGCAGUACCCAACGUAUGGCCAAUUCGGCAGCGAUUGCCGGAGAGGUGGCAUGUCCAUAUAGUAAGCAAUUUGUUCACUCCAAGAGUUCUCAGUAUAAGAAGAUGAAACAGGAAUGGCGAAAUAAUGUUUAUUUGGCAAGGUCUAAGAUUCAAGGUCUGGGCUUGUAUGCGGCCAGGGAUAUUGAGAAGCAUACCAUGAUCAUUGAAUAUAUAGGCGAGGUCAUACGCACAGAAGUAUCUGAAAUACGUGAAAAGCAAUACGAGGCAAAGAAUCGUGGCAUUUACAUGUUCCGCCUUGAUGAAGAUCGCGUUGUUGAUGCCACUUUAAGCGGCGGUUUGGCUCGUUACAUUAAUCAUUCGUGCAAUCCCAAUUGUGUCACCGAAAUUGUGGAAGUUGAUCGUGAUGUGCGAAUCAUAAUAUUUGCCAAACGGAAAAUUUAUCGGGGAGAAGAGCUUUCGUAUGAUUAUAAAUUUGAUAUUGAAGAUGAGUCACAUAAGAUACCAUGUGCCUGUGGAGCGCCCAAUUGCCGUAAAUGGAUGAAUUAGAAUGCAUCGUCAAAGCCAGCCAGCCAGCAUGUGCGCCUGCCAAGAUUACCUUCUAUCAUUCUCUCCCAAACCCAGUGAACAAAAAUUGUUAUAGCUUGAUCAAAACACAAAAAAAAGAAGAGAACACGGCAAUUUUAUAGAUUUCAAUUUGUACUGCAAGAGCAGCAGUAUGUAUAUAAGAUUAUAUAUAUAUAUAUAUAUAUAUAUAUAUAUGUACAUAUAUAUGUAAUAUUGUAAUUAAUGUAGAAUGUGCCCACGAAUGGCCAAAACAUUGAAACCAUUUUAGCUAAUUUGAUCCCAUCCCCUCUCCAUGUCCCCCCUCCAUCACUGUAUUGCCUGAAGGCCAAGUGUUUUUUUUUUUUUUGAAAAGAUAGCUUAAAUUUACGAUCAAGAUCAAGCUUCAUUUAUAUAUAUAUAAUAUAUAUAUUAUAUAUACAUACUGUUAGUAAUCUAAGCAAAAAUUAUAAUUAUAUAUAUAAUUUUUAUUAAUAUAAAAUAAUAGACUCUCCCUGCUCCUUCUACACUUAACGACGAUCUGCUGUCCACCACACAAAACAAAACAAAAACAAAUAACAAUUUAAAAAAGUAAAAA